CACAGCCAUCAAGUGCUUUUUAUACAGUAGGUGCACCUCAGAGGAGCCAGAGUAGAGCGGUUAAAGGCUCCCGGACACUUUACCAGAGAGCUAUCUGAGAGCCCAGCGCACAGGCAAGGAGCCCCGGCCGGCUUCAGGGCUGCAAGGACAACUGAAACCAUUCUAGGGAGGGAGCUUAACGUGGCUUUUUUUUGUCCACAGCCCUUUCUUUCACUCCCAUUAAAACUUACUCGAUUCCCUCGCAGUUUUGUUUUCCGAAACGCCGAAAGAGCUUUCCAGAAGGAAUGGCGAGACACAGGAGCCAGACCCUACCGCACGGGCCCUUCCUCCUCCUCCUCUUUCUCCUCCUCACCUCGGCAGAGGAGUACGACUACUACAGCUGGCAGGCAGACAACGUCCACCACGGGCGCUUCUACGCCAAGCAGCCGCAGUGCGUGGACAUCCCGGGCGACCUGCGGCUGUGCCACGACGUGGGCUACAAGCGCAUGCGCCUGCCCAACCUGCUGGACCACGAGACCAUGCCCGAGGUCAAGCAGCAGGCCGGCAGCUGGGUGCCCCUCCUGGCCAAGCGCUGCCACGGCGACACGCAGGUGUUCCUCUGCUCGCUCUUCGCGCCCGUGUGCCUGGACCGGCCCAUCUACCCGUGCCGGUCGCUGUGCGAGGCCGUGCGAAACAGCUGCGCGCCCGUCAUGGAGGCCUACGGCUUCCCCUGGCCGGACAUGCUGCAGUGCAAUAAGUUCCCCAUCGACAACGACCUGUGCAUCCCCAUGCAGUCGGCGGGCAGUUCCACCGCGCUGCUGCCAGCUUCCAAAGCCUGCCCACCUUGUGACAAUGAGCUGAAGGCUGAUGCUAUAAUGGAACAUUUCUGCGCCAGUGAUUUUGCACUGAAGAUGAAGAUAAAAGAGGUGAAGAAGGAGAACGGUGACCGUAAGCUGGUGGCAGCGCAGAAAAAGAAGAAGGUGCUGAAGAUGGGCACUCUGAGAAAGAAGGACCUGAAGAAGCUGGUGCUGUACAUCAAGAACGGCGCAGAGUGCCCCUGCGCACAGCUGGACAGCCUGGGCAGCAGCUUCCUCAUCAUGGGCCGCAAGGUGGACCAGCAGCUGCUGCUCACCUCCAUCCACAAGUGGGAGAAGAAGAGCAAGGAGCUCAAGUUCGCCGUCAAGUAUAUGAAGUCGCAACAGUGCCCCACUUUCCACACGGUUUUCCAGUGACCUCCCCCUUCCCCAGCGUCCAGCACCGAACCACCCCCCAACCCCCCUCGCCCCCGACUCCUCCACCCCACCCCGAAGGGACAACCCCUCCACACCUCCUUCUCCUCCUACCCCCCUUCACCCAACAAUCUCAUUAUUUCAUGUAUUUUUUUCCAGUAUUUUACUCAGUUUAUUUCUUUUCAUCAAAAAUGGGAAGACCCAAGGCUCUAGUUGAAAUGUUGAUGAGGUGCAGUGUCUCGGAACAAGGCCGGCCGUGUGGUCCCACAGGGAACGGUCGCUCUCUCUUGCGCAAGGCUAGGAUGGAAAACAAAUUUCAUUUACACUCAUAAAGAGGUUGCCUUUAUCCCCGUUAUAAUGACAGAGAAAGAAGCAGAAUUCAAAUGUCGUGGGCCAAGUUGCUGUGUGGGAGUUAUUUGAUUUUUCUUUCGAUCGCUCAAGUUUGUUUUUAAUUGUAAUGAAGACCACAUGUGGAGAAGUGAGACAGCACAGGAAUGGAAGGUAUCGAAAAAACAAGACAAACUGGUCAUGGUGGAACAGGGGGAGGAGGAGGGGUGGGUUAAAAAUAGCCAAAAGGAGAAUGAAGAGAGGCAAAAUGUAGCUACCUCUCUAUUUAACAGAAAAUGCCCUUGAGAUGUUCACUGUAGGGGAUGGUCCACUGUGUGGAAAAAAAGACUAUGCUAAUGCAGAAAACACCACCGCCCCACCUGGAAUUGAUACAAGAAGACCAAUUUCAUUUUUGUGCUAAUAUGGGGAAAUAUGAAUAUAUAUAUCCAGCAAAAAGUAGAUUACCAUUCGGAAAAAGAAGUGAGAUUGGAAGCAAGGGAACCCUCUUUGCCACUGAAGCUGCCAGCCAGUGUUCUACAGCAUAGCGGCCACUGCUGGCCAGCGGCGAGACUGCAAGCAGCACUAGGGCCUCUCCUGCUCUCAAAGAGGAGGUAAUUUGGCCCUGGGCCUCUGGCCUGGAACACGAGAGAUUCUGGAUUGAACCUGUUCAUUGGUUUGUGAGAUCACUCUGGUCAUUUUUCACUCCUGUAAAUGAGUAUAAUUUUCAUUUAUUUUUUCUGGUUUUAUUCUUAAUUUGCUUCAGAUACCAUCAACAGAAUCCAUUAAAUUACCACCUACAUUCACUGUUCGCUGUAAUAAAUUAGAAAACUUUUAA